AUGGCACUGGCAGUGCUGCGUGACUGGUGCAGGUGGAUGGGCGUGAAUGAGCAGCGCUCGCUGCUCAUCCUGGGCAUUCCCGACGACUGUGAGGACCAGGAAUUCCAGGAGGCCGUGCAGGCUGCCCUCCAGCCCCUGGGCAGAUACCGAGUGCUGGGCAAGGUGUUCAGAAAGGAGUUCAGAUCCAAGGUCGCCUUGGUGGAGAUGGCUCAGUAUUUAAACCGAAGUGUGAUCCCCCGACAAAUACCAGGCAUGGGAGGACCCUGGACUGUGGUCUUCCUGCCCCAGGCCCCGGAAUCAGAGUCAGAGGAUACACUCAAUUUCCUUGCACAGACCCAGAGGCAAGCAGGGGUUGCCUUGGCAGGCGAGGCAGGAGCUGGGGAUGGGGCAGGAGCUGGAGGCCAGGAAGGAGCUGGAGGCGGGGCAGCCGCUGUGCGCCAGGCAGGGCCUGAAGAGGAAGCAGGAGAGUCAGAUGAGGAGGGAGCCGCUGGGGACGCAGGAAUCGCAGGUCUGUCGGGAUCUGUGAGUGUGGCAGGAGCUGCAGGUGAGGAAGGAGCUGUGGGUGUGGCAGGAGCCACAGGUGCGGGAAGAUCCUGGACCCAGCCUUGGAGCCCGGCCUGGCAGCCUGUGCUGGAAAACAGGGCCUCUGGGAAACUGAGAACCUUUCCUGGAACGGAAGAGCCACACCGAGAAGAAGAGUCCUUUGAGAGCUGGCUGGAUCACACCAGCGACAUGCUGUCCCUGUGGUGCCACAUCACAGAAAGGGAGAGGAGGAGGAGGCUGAUGGAGAGCUUGGGUGGCCCCGCACUGGAUCUCGUGUGCGGCCUCCUGGCAGAAAACCCUGACGUCCCUGCACAGGAUUGCCUGGCCGCGCUGGUCCAGGUGUUCGGGAGGGAGGACACCCCCACGACCGCACGGCUCAAGUUCCUGACCUGUGGCCAGCGGCCCCAGGAGACUCUCUUUGUCUAUGUGAUUCGCCUGGAAGGCCUGCUGCAGUCGGCCGUGGAGAAGGGGGCCAUCCAUCCCAACCUUGCGGGCCAUUUACGCGCCCGGCAGGUGCUGACGCGGGCCCGCCCCAACGAGAUGCUCGAGAACAAGCUGAGGAGGAUGCGGCUGGACAGGAGACCACCUGGCUUCCUGGGGAUGCUGCGGCUCAUUCAGGAGACCGAGGCGUGGGAGGCCACCGCAGCUAGGAGCGAGCACUUGCAAGUGGAAGAGGGGGCCCGUGUGGGCACCGGAGGCCUGGCCGCUGCCCGGGCCAGCGGAGAGGUUGCCGAAGCCUCCCCAGCCAGGGAAGAUGCUUCCCAGGCUGCCCUGGCCAACCUAGGGGCCAGUGAGGCCGUUCCUGGCAGUGCCGAAGCUGAUACGGCUGCUCCUGAAGCCCGUGAUGUCGCCAGGGCAGCCCUCGUCCCUGAGGAGGCCCCCAAGAUCUUCCCUGCCACGCAGGAAGAUGAAAAUGCUCCCGCCUCUGCGGGCCUAGAUCACGCAAGGCCCUCAGAGGCCCCUGGGGGCCCCACCCCUGCCCAGAUGGGCAGCGCUUCCAGGGAGGGCCCGGGAGGUCCUGGCUGUGAGCCGGAGGGCCUCGCCCAGGCAGGAGACCAGGAGGCUGGGGAGCCCCUGGAGGAGGGGCCCAAGCCCAUCCCAGAGGAGUCGGGAAACGAGGACGGGGCUGGGGAGGUGAGGCCCCCCAAGUCCUCCUCGGGCAAAUAGGCUCAGAAGGCCCAGGGGCCCCCCUCUCCUCUCAGGCAGCAGCGCUCUGGAGGCAGGGGGAGGCCACGCCAGGGCAGCAGCCUCUCCCCACGUGGAGGCAACAACCCACCCAGCCCAAAUUCCCAGGACCCCAUCUUCCCAAGGCACCCUGGCCACCACCAUCAGCCCUUCCGACGGACCAGGAUGACCAUACUUGAUGCAGAGUGGGGCAGGGAGGGGUGCCCCCUCCCAUGGCA